CUAUUCCAGCUCCACUAUCCCGAUCAUGGACCUCGCAGCGAGGUGCGCGUUCCUGCUCUCAAGCUUCGCCGUGCUCGCAGCGCUCGAUUUGGACGCGAUUGAUCCCGGCUACUAUGUGGAGACCAGCAGCUCCUCAGACGUGAUCGACUAUAAAGAUCCCUGCAAAGCUGUUGCCUUUCUAGGAGACAUUGCACUUGAUGAAGAAGACAUGCGCAUGUUUAAAGUGGACCGCAUUGUAAAUCUAGCUCAGAGAACGGUCACAAUUCUUAAUAACACGGAGACUGGUUCACGAUCCAAUGAGACGAGUCCAAACAAUACUGCAUCCAAUCAGGGGUCCCGUCGCAGGAAGAGAGCAGCAACCUCCAGACCUGAGAGGGUGUGGCCUGAGGGUGUCAUCCCUUAUGUCAUCAGUGGGAACUUCAGUGGUAGCCAGAGAGCCAUAUUCAGACAGGCUAUGAGACACUGGGAAAAAAACACCUGCGUGACUUUCAUUGAGAGAACAACAGAGGAGAGCUACAUCGUCUUCACCUACCGGCCGUGUGGGUGCUGUUCGUAUGUUGGACGGAGGGGAGGAGGUCCUCAGGCUAUAUCCAUCGGGAAAAACUGUGACAAGUUUGGAAUUGUGGUGCAUGAGCUUGGUCACGUGAUCGGAUUCUGGCACGAGCACACACGGCCCGACAGAGACGAUCACGUCAGUAUUAUACGGGAUAACAUUCAGCCAGGACAAGAGUACAACUUUUUGAAGAUGGAGCCUGGUGAGGUGGACUCACUCGGAGAGGUCUAUGACUUUGACAGUAUCAUGCACUAUGCUAGAAACACGUUUUCCAGAGGGAUAUUUUUGGAUACCAUUUUGCCACGAUAUGAUGUGAAUGGAGUUCGGCCACCAAUCGGUCAAAGGACCAGAUUAAGCAAAGGAGACAUCACACAGGCACGCAAACUUUACAAGUGUCCAAGAUGUGGAGACAGUUUACAGGAGAGCAGUGGGAACUUAUCUUCACCUGGCUUUCCCAAUGGCUAUUCAGCAUACAUGCAUUGCAUCUGGAGAAUCUCCGUCACACCUGGAGAAAAGAUCAUUCUAAAUUUUACGUCUAUGGAUUUAUACCGGAGUCAUUUGUGCUGGUAUGAUCACGUGGAGAUCAGAGACGGAUAUUGGAGAAAGGCACCAUUGAAAGGUCGAUUCUGCGGGGAUAAAUUACCCGAGCCGAUCAUUUCGACAGACAGUCGGCUGUGGAUUGAGUUUCGCAGUAGCAGUAACUGGGUGGGCAAGGGCUUCUCUGCCGUUUACGAAGCUAUUUGCGGCGGGGAGGUAAAAAAAGACAACGGUCAAAUUCAGUCUCCAAAUUACCCAGAUGACUACAGACCCAACAAAGUGUGCGUGUGGAAGAUAACCGUGGCUCAGGGCUACCACGUAGGCCUCACCUUCCAGUCUUUUGAGAUCGAGAGGCACGACAACUGCGCGUACGAUUACCUGGAAGUUCGGGAUGGGAACUCGGAAAGCAGCCCCUUGCUGGGCAGAUUUUGUGGUUAUGAUAAACCUGAUGAUAUUAAAUCCAGCUCCAACCAACUCUGGAUGAAAUUUGUGUCCGACGGUUCUGUAAACAAGGCUGGGUUUGCUGCCAAUUUCUUCAAAGAAAUGGAUGAGUGCUCCAGGCCUGACAAUGGUCGCUGUGAGCAGCGUUGUGUCAACACGCUCGGCAGUUACAAGUGCGCCUGUGACCCUGGUUACGAGCUGGCUGCGGACAAACGAAGCUGCGAGGCUGCCUGUGGCGGUUUUAUCACCAAGCUGAAUGGAUCAAUCACCAGCCCAGGCUGGCCCAAGGAGUAUCCACCCAACAAGAACUGUAUCUGGCAGCUAGUGGCGCCCACGCAGUACCGCAUCACCCUCCUGUUCGAUGUAUUCGAGACCGAGGGGAACGAUGUGUGCAAGUAUGAUUUUGUUGAGGUGAGGAGCGGCUUGUCUGCUGACGCCAGGCUGCACGGGAAGUUCUGCGGAGCCGAGAAACCAGAGGCCAUCACCUCUCAAUACAACAACAUGCGCAUUGAGUUUAAGUCUGACAACACUGUCUCCAAGAAGGGCUUCAAGGCCCAGUUCUUCUCAGAUAAAGACGAGUGCUCAAAGGAGAACGGCGGUUGUCAGCACGAAUGUGUCAAUACUUUUGGCAGCUACAGUUGUCAGUGCCGAAGUGGCUUCAUACUGCAUGAGAAUAAACAUGACUGCAAGGAAGCCGGCUGUGAUCACGUUGUGAACAGUGUGAGUGGGACCAUCACCAGCCCCAACUGGCCAGAUAAAUACCCCAGUAAGAAGGCCUGCACCUGGGCCCUCUCCACUACUCCAGGACAUCGGAUUAAAAUAGCAUUCAAUGAAAUCGACAUGGAGCCACAUUUAGAAUGUGCUUAUGACCACAUUGAGAUUUACGACGGUCGGGAUGGGAAGGCGCCCAGUCUGGGCCGCUACUGCGGCACAAAGAAACCUCCACCAAUCUUAUCCAAUGGCAACAAGAUGUUCAUACGGUUCUUCUCUGAUAACUCGGUGCAGAAGAAAGGCUUCGAGGCAUCCCAUACUGCAGAGUGUGGAGGCCGUUUGAAAGCGGAGGUCAAAACUAAAGACCUUUACUCCCACGCCCAGUUUGGCGAUAAUAACUACCCUGGAGCGUCCGACUGCCAGUGGGUGAUCUCAGCAGAGAAGGGCUAUGGAGUGGAGCUCAUCUUCCAGACCUUUGAAAUUGAAGAAGAGGCUGAUUGUGGCUAUGAUUACAUGGAGCUGUUUGACGGGGCCGAUGUCAAGUCUCCCAGACUGGGACGCUACUGUGGAUCAGGGCCUCCGGAGGAGAUUUAUUCAGCUGGUGACUCCAUUGUCAUCAAAUUCCGCUCGGACGACACUAUCAACAAGAAGGGCUUCCACGUGCGUUACACGAGCACCAAGUUUCAGGACACACUUCACUCCCGUAAGAAGUGACCCCUAGUGGCCGGGAGGGGCCGUGUAGGGCCUAGGGGGAAGCAAAGAGGCCCCAGGGGGAGGGUCUCGCCCAUCGCUCGGAGCCCCCCGGCCACCAAGAACACCCAGACUCGACGGACCAGCCGCAAGAACGCCAACCGCACCUCAGUAGAUCACAGGGGCUCUGGCAUCCCCAACUGACUGUGAGGAGUAAAGCCAUUCCGCAGUAGACCUUGUUUUUACCUUUUAUUUUUUAAUUGUUACAUUUGGGGCAACACGUGGAGGGGGGAAUGUUUUCGGUUUGAUGGAUACUUUAGGGAAGGCAGGCAAAAAAGAAGGGAAUUAUGAUACGUGAGGGUGGGUUGGGUGGGCGGAUGUUGAUCACCCCAUGGAACCCCUCCCCCCUUUUUCUUUCAUGAGCCGAGAGCGACAAACGCAGAUACACUGAGGACCUCCUGCAGGACAACCUAACAGUCAGACCUUCAUCAAGCCAGUCGACUAUACAAGAGUGGGAUUGAGUUGAAAAGUGGAGUAGGGCAUUCCUCACAGAUUUAUCAACCUUGAAACAAGAUUACCGCUGCAGUGUGGGGGAACGUCCAUCUCUGCUUAUGAUUAUCAGGCAUUGUUUGUUCAUAAAGAGCCUUGUUGGUCUGGUUACCUGUUUGUUGUUGAGCUCAUGUCACUGUAUGUCAAAGAGAUGCAUGUAGUACAGUUAGCAGGACGUAGACACGAACAAGAAAUUGUGAACGUGAUGGCACCAGCAUCUGUAAUACCAGUUAUUUCCAGGCCAGUAAUCCGAAAGUUCCCCCGCCUGGUAUUAUCACAUUUUUGGAAAUUUUCCAGACACAAUUAUUAUGCUAAAAAAGUCUAAUAAACAAAACGUGGCCCAUGUCUUCUUGCUGCUAAUUACUUUAGCUAAAAAGAAGAAAGGAGUUAUUGUUAAAAUACACAAUUAUCAUUUGUUUUAGCAGACUGGUUUUCCAAUGACUUGUUGUGUGAACUUCCUUUUUUGAUUCUUUUUCAUUAUUGGUUGCAGUCCGACACUAAAACGUUAUACUUCUUGGUCCUUUUUAACCAACAUGUCAUAAAUGAAAUCUGGGUGUAUGGAUCUGUAGUCAGGGUAGAUGCCACCUUGAGAAAUAUAAAUACAAUCGUUGUGAUGUGUCACAUUGGAUCACAGAGCCAAGGUCAUUACUAGUUUUCACCUUUUUUCAACAUAAUGAUUUUUAAAACAACAGUAAAAGUCUUUGAACGGACAAUAGUUCAUCCAUUUGCAUUUCAUUCCAUUAAACAUGCCAUCUACCCUGACAAAAGAUCCAUGUUCUUUACGUAUAACUUGUUAAUGUCACAGCUUUUCUGGCCAGUGUGGUGUAGUAAAAUGUUAAAAGGAUUUUAGUUUUAGCGGGUUUUACAUCUUCAGGUGGGAUUCACGUCGCUCCAGCUGAGGCAAAACUGAUCAGAUGUAAAAGAGUCAUUUCUAUCAAUACUGUACCUCAGUGUGUGGUGGAGCGGUUGGAUGGUGCUAUUGCAAAUGAGCCCUACGCCACACGUGCAUGUGGUCAGUCUCUUGAAAUAACUCCUUUACUACUGAUGUCUAAUGUCAGUUGAGACGGUUAAAGUUUGACUAAAGCUAGUUUACCUACCCGAGUUGUUUUUAAAACAGUUUCAUCAUAAAACAGAAUAGUGUUGAAUAGUGUGUCUGUGUGCUAGUGAACAUCCACAGGGGUUCCAUUGAUCCGAGGUGUUACUCUGUUAGAUAAUUUAGUGAAGUAUGGAGUCGAAAUCACGGCUCUCCUACCUCUCUCUUGCAGAACUGGCUGUUGACUUUGUCCUUUUCAUUUCAGGCACCCUUUUCCUCUCAUGAGACCGUUUCACACCUGUUUGCCUUUAUGGAUUUACCUAAAGCUCUUUUAAAUCUCAGGUUCCGACUUGUUCUUACCCACUGAAUCAUUUUAAAGACACUAGAUUUCAAUUGUUUAGGAUUUAGGUUUUUAAAGGAUGUUUUAAGGUUUAUGCGAUUCAUCUGUAACGCCUUUGACCUGAGCACUGAUUUACUUCACCUCAAGCCACGCGUGCUGUGCUCUUGACCAGACAAGUUGUUCUGUAUACAUUUCUGCAAGAGAACACGGACGUACCGCCGUUUGCGCAAAUGAUCAACUAACUUGUAAUCUAGUUCUUCAAAUGUAUCUGAAUAUGCAUACUAGCAUAGGGCUUUAGAGUAGCGGAGCACUUGAACAUUUUGCUAAUCAAAGCACAUUUUCUUCAGCGUUAUUAAUGUUUGAAAUCCCCCUGUUAUUUCUUGUUUGAAAUAGGGUGUUUGUUUUAAGGAGAAAGUGGGAAAGGCAAGCGUCAAAUGUUUUACCACAAAUCUGAAAUGUUACCUCAGCAAUUCACUUUGAUCGCCAUUCCCACAUGACUUGGUACAUGUUUAUGCAUUUUAUCAUAUGUAUGUAUGUAAAUAUGUAUUAAUGUAUUCAAAGUACACUAAACCAUAGAUAACUCGAUGAGAAUUAAGGCUAUGUGUAAUUGCAGACAAAAGAUGCAAUUUAUUUAUAUUGUAUAGCUAAUUUUCACCUAUGUAUUGCACAUAGUGUUAACAAGUGCAUCUAUUUCAUAAAAUGUUAUUUUCAUUUUGAAAUGUUUCAUGUCACAUUUUGUCUUGUAGACUCAGGAAAUGCAUUAGAUGAAUGAAAGCCUGAACAUGCCAAUUCAAUUAGUUCGCGAAUGUAAGAAAAGUACGUUUAUGCUAGAAGAAAAUAUGUCCGACAAUGAACGCACUUGGCUAAGUCAUGUCAUUUUUAAUGCUUUUAAAGAUUUACUUGUAUGUAAAGAUGUGGAGAUCCCCGCAGUGCUCAUGAAUAGAAUUGCAAUCUUUUUUUUCGAAUGGUUUUCAGGUCUGAGCUGAAAAUGCAUAUACGUUGUCCGAAGGAGGAUGGAGUUUGGUUUCCCUGUGCAUCUUGAUGACUGUGUGGAUUUUCAAAUAAACCACAUAUCAGCAUCGCAUUUGCUAUAUAACAGAUCAUCAAUUAUGAAUGGUCACCACAGUGCAUUAUUAAUGCCUAUCUACCGUUUCCAGCAUUAAAAAUUAAGCAGAAUUGAUGGGAGAAGCUAAAUAAAGUCAAAUAUGAAGUCUGUGACUAAUACGAUGGUGCACGUU